AUGGCAUCUUCUUCCAACAAAUUUCACUACCAUUAUGACCCAAAUAAUGAUAGUUUAAACCAAUACUUUCAAGAGCAAUUUAAUAACCAAUUUGAAGCUGUUGAAGAAGCUAUUCCGGUGGAAAGGAAACCACGUGAAUAUAUUGAUAGAAAACGAGAAGAAGGGCAUGAACGUUUGUGGAACGAUUAUUUUUCUGAUAAUCCGACUUACGAUGCUCACCACUUCCGGCGACGGUUUCGAAUGAACAAGCCGCUGUUCUUGCGUAUUGUAAAUCGUCUCAGUGAAGAAGUUCCAUAUUUUAAGCCAAAAAAGGAUGCAACCUUCCGGAAUGGUCUAUCACCCCUACAACAAUGUACUGCUGCAAUUCGACUUUUAGCGUAUGGGACUGCGACGGACUCGGUUGACGAAUACAUACGUCUUGCUGCUUGUACUGCUCGUAAAUGUUUGGAACAUUUUGUCGUCGGGAUAGUUGACUUGUUUGGCACUGAAUACCUACGCCGACCAACAGCAGAGGAUCUUCAAAGGCUACUAUUUACCCGGAGUGGGCGACAUUUGUUAAAUCCAUCCCACAACCACAACAUCCGAAACAUCGUUUAUUUGCACAAAAACAAGAAGGUGCACGAAAAGAUGUUGAGCGUGCAUUUGGAGUCUUGCAAUCUAGGUUCGCCAUGA